CCGGAGAACGUCAUGCUGCUGAGCAAGAACCGGGCGCAGCUGAAGCUCAUCGACUUCGGUCUCAGCCGGAAAAUCGACCCGAACAAAGAAGAGCGUCAUAUGCUCGGCACGCCUGAGUUCGUGGCGCCGGAGAUCGUGAAUUACGAGCCGCUGGGCCUGGCCUGCGACCUGUGGGCGCUGGGUGUCAUCACGUACAUCCUACUCUCCGGGGCGUCUCCGUUUCUGGGAGACACCCAACAGGAGACGUUCGCCAACAUCGUCGCUUGUGACUACUGCUUCGACGACGAGUACUUCAGCGGCACGUCGGAGUCGGCCAAGGACUUCAUAUCGCGUCUGUUCGUGACAGACCCCAGGCGUCGAGCUACCGUGCGGGAGUGCCUGGACCACCCUUGGAUCCAGCCAGCGAGUGAGGCGGAGCAUACGGAACAGUGGAGAAGACGGUGA